AUGAGCCGCACGUACGACCCGAUUGAAAAGGCCCCUGUUCCCCGUCAACAGCAGUAUCCCUUAUCAGGGGACCCAUCGCAGGGCUAUUCCAUAUCAUGGAAUGAUGCAAGCUCGGUCCCACCGCCGGCGUACGAGACGGUGAUUGGCAGUCCGGAAUUGAACCCCUUACAGAGAUCGCCCCCUGCCAGCCUCGCCUAUCCUCCCUUCCAGCCCGCUACCCUCGUCAGCAUCAGCGAGAAUCUCCAGAACGGAUUCCCGCUCACACUCCCUCCGUCUGCCAUCAUGCCACACCCUUUCACGCUGCACGAUGUGCAUGAGCAGGAUUGGAAAGCGUUCUUGCUUGACGUCCAGGCGGCUGCGCCAUCGACGUCCAACAGCAAGCCGAGGUCUGGACAAGGGAUGAUGUUUAUGAUGAUGCCGAUGGCUGCUGCGAUCGGUGCUGCAGCGGCUAGACGCAGGGCUAGCCAGGCAAAGGAAGACGGAUUGAAUCAUGUCCACGGCGCAAUCGAUAGCUGGAACAAAUACUUCUUCCAUCCGCGUCGCAUGCAUGUAUCCCUCACACAAGACCGAGCCGGCGGGUCUGGACCUGACAUCUCAUCAGACGAUGAGAGCAGCUCGGACGAGGCUGCAGGCGCGUCAACCUCACUGAUGUCCAGGCGAAGGGAGCGAAGAGAGUCGCGAAGGGCCCGAAGGACUGAACGGCGGCAGGAAAGACAGGAAAGGCGUGCGUCGAGGAGGUCCCAGGGCGGAAAAUGGCGCAUUGUGGUCACGUAUAGGGAUCGCAAUAUGUGA